AAUAGAAUGUAGAAAAUGGCAUUGAUGUUUACAGCUACACCGGCGAUUAAAAGAGCAGUUACUCUAAUUAACAAUUUAGGAUCAUCUAAGUUUCCGUUGCUGUUGACAAGGAUACUACAGAAGUUACAUCUUAAGGAUGAGAGAACUUUUAGUGAAGAAGAAGAGGAAAAGUUACAAGGGUCUUUAGAACUUACUGGUCCUGAUUUGGAGUUAGUUCUACAAUCACUAGAAUUCUUCUUACAACAGGCAGCCUACCAUACAGCCAAACCAGGAGUGUUUUCACAACAAUUAAAACAAAUAGAGGUAGAGGAAGAAAAGGUACAAGUGAUUGUAGAAGCCUGGGCAAACAGUGCUAAAGAUGUUAUUACCAAACUCCGUCAGAGAACAAUUGUUCCUAAACAGUUGGAGAGUGUGAACUGGAGGUUAAAUUUACAAAUGGCCCAGUCCAAUAAAGCCAAAAUGAAAAUGCCAAAUGCCAUGUUUGAAUUCAAUGUUACAGAUGAAAACACAACAGCAAAAGAAAAUAUCAAAGUAGAAUUUACUCAUGAUGAGUUAUACAUGUUUUAUAACCAACUUGAAACAAUACAGAAACAAUUAGAUUGUCUGAGUUGAUACAGAUUGCUGGUAGCCAGAUAUUUUCAGUGCAUUGUAGAAAAUUUGAGAAAAGAAAUAUUUAGUAUUGUAGAUUGUUUUAAAAAUUUGUAUACAAAUGAAUAUAGAAUAUAAAUGUG